GACAUUACAACAAUGGCGGCCACAAUGUGUCUGUGUGUGGAUACGGUCAUUGCUAAAUUUUAGCAGUUUUUAUUUAUAAAAAUAACUGGUUAUUUUUUUAAAAUUACUAUCUAUUUUAUUUAAUUGUUGACAAUUUUAUUUAUAAAAUAAUGGCUGACUUAUUUGACUUGGCGAAUUUGAUAACAAACGUUGGGGUUGAUGCUGUUAAAAUAAAGCAAGAGCCUGAUGUGCCAGAAAAAUCAUCAAACCAAAUACUUACUGAACUUUUUAGCACUUUUGAUGUUGACGAAGGCAUUGCAUCGCCGGUAAAUGACGACGAGGAUGAGGAAGACAGUAAUGAAGCUGAUGACACCGCGGAUAAGGUAAAGAAGAAGAAAAAAAAAAGUAAGAAAAAACAUAAACAUAAAGAAAAAAAACACAAGAAACGAAACAGAAAAAAUUCAUCUGACAGCGGCAGUGAUUUGGAAGCUGAUGGCGCCAAGAAGAAAAAGAAACACAAGAAAAAAUUAAAACGUAAGAGAUCGACGGAUUUUAGUGACUCGUCGAAUUCAGAUGAACCCAAAGUUAAAGUGAAAAGAGAACUGACAUCACCGGAAAGUAGUAAGAGAAAUAAAAGUGAACGAGUUCUUAACUUCAAAAUAGAUCAUCCGCAGACAGUAUUUGAUUUAGUGUCUGAUAUUGUUUCGAAAAAAGAAAAAAAUGAUAACGAGUUUAAUGAUAUUAAGCCGGAUGGUUUAAAGAGUCCGGAAUUGCCGCCUAUUUCUAAAAAAGCUGAUGAUGAAUCCGAGCCAAUUGUCCCAAGAUUACUUGAAAAAUCAGAUCAACCUAUCAAGGGAAAAAUCUUAAUAAAAGAUUUAAAAAAUAGUAUAAUUUACAAUGAAACGGUAAAAGAAGUUGAAAAUAAAAAGAAAGAAAAGGCUGCUCGUAUGGAAGAUGGUGAAAUAUCGGACAGUAAUUCGGAAAAUCGAACUCCGACAUUGAGUCCAACUCCGCCGCGGCGGGAUUCUUUUGAUCCAGCGGACCCGACAGAUGAUUCAUCAAUAGCACGAUCUAGUCACCAAGUUAAAGACCUCAGAUUAGUAUUAAAGCACAAGGAGAAGGUUAAAAAAACUCAUGACCGCCGUGGGAGUCGCGAAGAGCGCGAAUCCCGAUCGCGAAAUGACGAGCCGAGGGACCGCGGGAAAAGUCAUCGAGAGCGGAGCAGAGACAAGGGCCGCAGUAACAGUCAUUCUAAGGACAGAAAAUCGGAAUCCGUGUACUCGCACUCGCGUAGACGAAGCAGGAGUCGCGGGCGUGAAUAUCACAGAGCUAGGAGCAAUGAGAGAAGGUUUAGGGACAGGAGCAACGACAGAAGAUCGACUCGUAGCAGAGAACGUCGGUAUUCAAACGGAAGGAGUCGGAGUGAAGAUAAAGGACGCGAUAGAUCUUCUAGGGGUCGCAGUCGUAGCAAAGAGAGAAAAGAAAGAAUAGAAAUAGAUAAAAAAAAAUUAUUAGAAAUUGCCAGAAAAAAUGCAAUUAAUAUGAUAAAACGCGGAGCACUUCCGUUAGCGCAGCAGGACAAAGCAAUAGCUGCUAUUCAAGCUGGUGGAAAAUCUGUUGAUGAACUUAUUGAUUUUUGUAAGUCGCUGUCCAAGUCAGAAGCGCUUGGAGAACUAUCAAGUGUUUCGUCCGAUGACGGUGCUAGUGAGACAGAGAAAGGUUUUCAUCAUCCAUUUUUAUUAAAAGAACGACCUAAUUCAAUAAUAAUGAAUAUCAGAGACUCGAAGCAGUUGCCUACUAAAACCUUCCAAGAAAGAACGACGGAGUCUUCUACUCAACUGCGAUUACAGUUUCCGGUAUCGAGUGGUCAGCAGCACAGAAAAACUGAAAAUGAGUGGAUAGACGUAACACCAGCACCGGCGGUUAAGAAACCCGAGCCUAAAAAGCCUUUCAUAUCAGCCUCAGUUCAAGUCCAAACGCCGGCAUUUACGAUAAUACCACCAGUUAAUGCUCCUCAAGUACCAGCACCAAUCGCUCAAGCUCUAGUUCCAGUUCCAGUUCCAGCACCAGUACCAGUACCAGCACCAGUACCAGCUGUUACCGCAACUAGUCUUGUUCCAGUUGCUCCGAUUCAAACGCCGCUUGCUAUAAUGUCUGCACCCGUAGAAAUGCCGACAGCUGCACAACCGAUGUCACAAUCAGUACCCACUAAUUCUGUUUUUCCUCAAGCUCUUUCUGAGAACAUUGAUAUCGGGACGAUUGUUUCCCAGCGUUUAGCUGCUAUGAGAAAACUCAAAGAAAAUCCGAAUGACGUCCAAGCGCUCAAUGAAAUCUAUCAGGCACAAAAUGAAAUGAAAACAUGGGCAGAGAGCAAACAGAUGCCAGGUCAGUUUACUGGUAGCACUGGAGUAAAAGUUCUCUCAGCAGCAGAAUUAACUUCAGGCUAUCAAACUUGGGCUCGCAAGGAUCAGUUGACCUCCGCGGUACCUGUCUCAGGUGGUAUGGGUAUGGCGCUGCUUCAAAAAAUGGGAUGGAGACCUGGUGAAGGUUUAGGGAAAAAUAAAGAAGGUACCUUGGAACCUCUACAGUUAGAAGUUAAACUUGAUAAACGUGGGCUCGUUUCUCAUCAAGACGUUGGUAUCAGAACCGGUAAAAAUCCCGGUAAACCUGUCGUGCCUACUAUUAAAACCCUAGAAGGCAAACAUCCGGUUUCAUUGCUCGGUGAAUACUGCUCGAAGAGAAAAUUUGGCGCGCCAGUUUACGAGCUCUGCUUUGAAUGUGGACCCGAUCAUAAGAAGAAUUUCUUAUUCAAGGUCAAAGUGAAUGGUAUUGAGUAUAAACCUAGUGUAGCAAGUCCGAAUAAAAAACAAGCCAAGGCCGAAGCUGCACAAAUUUGCCUUCAAACUCUUGGUUUGCUCGUUACUUAAUAAAAUUUGUAUAUUUUCUUGUACAAUAAAAUUUUCGCACGAGUGAAAAAUAAUUUU